UAAAUUUCAGUGUAGCACCGAUAAUAGUUUCUACUAAAGUUCUACAAAGAAUGAAGUAGUUCUUCUUAAAAGAAUGGAGCAUGGCGAAGACGUCUCUUGAUUGGCGAGAUCACGCUGCCAUCUGAAUCUUGAUGAUGGAGCAUGCGCUCCACUUUCAAUAGGUGUUUUGUGAACCAUUCUAAUUGGUGUUCACGCGUGUGGCUCUGGUCGUUGAUCUGCUCAUUUACAGUUCGCCUUAAUUAAUCCCCAAAUAGACAAUGGAGAGAUCUCGAUUUCGGGUGUCUCGUUUUGUAUUUCCGAGUGGAUCACAUCACCAUGUAUCGCCCAAAGCAGCACAACGCUGGAUAUCUCAGCCAGGUCACCCUGGUGCUGAUCACACUGAUCCGACCAAUUCAUGGACUCCUGCUAUUUCCUACUACCACGGCGCUUCAGGUGACCUCAUCCAUUUCCAUACCCGCCGAUCUGAAUGUUCGCACCAAAGUCUUUAUAGACUUGGGCUUUCAGAUGAACUACAAUCUGCCAUACGCACUUUCCUCCUUCUACAAUACAUCCAUCUGGGCGGAUGAGCUGGCCCGAAGAGAAAAGCGCCAGUUGGACAACAACUAUUAUACUAAUCUCCAGCAGAUAGAACUAGAGAGUGGUCUCCAUCCUGCUGACUUUACGGCAGGACAGCUGUACGCGGGUCUGGAGAAAGUGCUAGAGUCAUAUGGAUUCCACAGAUCCUGCCUACUGCGCAGUGUUUGCGAGCUGGCUUUGCAUCCUUUUGCCGAAGACCAUUUCUAUGGAAUGGUCACGCAGGUUAUCACCUUCCUGCUCACACCAUCUCAACACGAAGGCUUCGCGGAAAAUGAGCAUCUUUAUCGUGAAAGAUACGAAAAAGCCGAGCAAAUUGGUUUCCUUGGUGGCCAGUGCCAUCUUACAUAUCCCAAUUGCGAAAUAGAUAUAAUAAACCUAGCCACCCGACUGGUCAGAUGAAAUUAAAACGCUUUUAGUCUA